CUCGUUCCUAUAGCAACCGCGCCAGGUCCACGCGCAGACGGCAAGUGGCAAGGGUCAAAACAGAUGCGCAGAGUAGAAGCCCUCGACCUGAUCGAUCGUGCCUUCGGUGCGCCGGACCUUUAAGUGUCAUGUGACACACACACCCCUCCCCCGUCUCCUCCCGCCUCUUUCCCCUCCCCAACCCCGGCGAGCGCUGGUGUGGACGGGAAGCUCCCGGCCCAGCGGAUUAACUGGAGUGCGGACGCUGCAGCCGGUUGGGCCGGUGCCCUUUCCCGCUCUGGAAAGGAAGAGAAAUGGAAGUGAAAAAGUUGAGCAUUUCCUGGCAGUUCUUGAUAGUUCUGGUUCUGAUCCUGCAAAUUCUGUCUGCGUUGGAUUUUGACCCAUACAGAGUCCUAGGGGUCAGCCGAACAGCCAGUCAGGCUGAUAUUAAAAAGGCUUAUAAGAAGCUCGCCCGGGAAUGGCAUCCUGACAAAAACAAAGAUCCUGGAGCUGAGGACAAGUUCAUUCAGAUCAGCAAGGCUUAUGAGAUUCUUUCCAGUGAAGAGAAGAGAUCACAUUAUGAUCGCUAUGGACAUGCUGGAGAGAGCCAGGGCUACCAGAAGCAGCGAGAGUACCGCUUCCGCCAUUUCCAUGAAAAUUUUUAUUUUGAUGAAUCGUUUUUUAACUUCCCGUUUAAUUCUGAGCGGCGGGAAUCCAUUGAUGAAAAGUAUUUACUGUACUUUUCAUAUUAUGUGAAUGAAGUGGUUCCAGAUAGCUUCAGGAAACCCUACCUCAUUAAGAUCACCUCAGAUUGGUGCUUUAGCUGUAUCCAUAUUGAACCUGUUUGGAAAGAAGUAGUUCAAGAACUGGAAGGCUUGGGUGUAGGAAUCGGUGUGGUCCAUGCUGGGUAUGAGAGACGCCUGGCCCACCACCUGGGAGCACACAGCACACCCUCUAUCCUAGGAAUCAUUAAUGGGAAAGUGUCCUUCUUCCACAAUGCAGUUGUUCAGGAGAACCUACGACAAUUUGUAGAAAGUCUUCUUCCAGGGAACUUGGUGGAGAAAGUUACGAAUAAAAAUUAUGUCCAAUUCCUCUCUGGCUGGCAACAGGAGAAUAAACCUCAUGUCCUUCUAUUUGACCAAACACCCGCUGUGCCACUGCUAUACAAGUUGACUGCUUUUGCCUACAAAGAUUAUUUAUCCUUUGGAUAUGUGUAUAUGGGUUUGAGAGGAGCAGAGGAGAUAACAAGACAGUACAACAUCAAUUCCAACACCCCCACCAUCUUGGUCUUCAAAGAACAUAUAAACAAGCCUGCUGAUGUUAUCCAGGCCCGAGGCAUGAAAAAGCAAGCCAUUGACAAUUUCAUCGCCCAAAACAAGUAUCUGUUGGCAGCCAGGCUCACCAACCAGAAGUUGUUCCAUGAACUCUGCCCCGUGAAACGGUCUCACCGACAGAGGAAGUACUGUGUGGUUUUACUGACUGCUGAGGCUACCAAGUUGAGCAAACCCUUCGAGGCUUUCCUGUCCUUUGCUCUGGCAAACACUCAAGACACCGUGAGAUUUGUGCACGUCUACAGCAAUCGGCAGCACGAGUUUGCCAGCACCUUGAUACCAGACGGCGAGGCAUUUCAGGGGAAAUCAGUGGUGUCUAUCUUAGAAAGGCGCAACACAGGAGGAAGGGUAGUAUAUAAAACCCUGGAAGAUCCCUGGACCGGGAGUGAGAGUGAUAAAUUCAUCCUCUUGAGUUAUCUCGACCAGCUGCGGAAAGAUCCGGCUCUUCUGUCCUCUGAAGCUGUACUUCCCGACCUGACCGAUGAACUUGCUCCUGUCUUUCUCCUUCGGUGGCUCUACUCUGCUGCUGACUACAUCUCGUACUGCUGGAGCAAUAUGUUCUACAACAACUGGCGGGAAAUGAUGCCCCUCCUGUCCCUGAUCUUCUCCGGCCUCUUCGUCCUCUUCGGCACCGUCAUGGUCCAGGCUUUCAGCGAGGCAAGUGAUGAGCGAGAAUCAAGCCCUCCAGGUAAAGAGGACGCCCAUGAGAAGGCUGGGAAGGCUGAGCCAAGCUUCACCAAAGAAAACAGCAGCAAGAUUCCUAAGAAAGGCUUUGUGGAGGUGACUGAACUCACAGAUGUCACAUACACCAGUAACUUGGUACGCCUGAGGCCGGGCCACAUGAACGUGGUCCUCAUCCUGUCAAAUUCCACCAAGAACAGCCUACUACAGAGAUUUGCUUUCGAGGUCUACACGUUCACUGGGAGCAACUGCCUACACUUCUCCUUCCUGAGUCUAGAUAAACACAGAGAAUGGCUAGAAUACUUACUAGAAUUUGCUCAAGAUGCAGCCCCGAUCCCAAACCAGUAUGAUAAGCACUUCAUGGAACGUGACUACACUGGUUAUGUGCUGGCUCUGAAUGGCCACAAGAAAUACUUCUGCCUCUUCAAGCCCCAAAAAACAGUGGAAGAGGAGGAAGCCCUGGGAUCGUGCGGGGAUCUUGACUCUUCCCUCCACCUGGGUGAAUCUCGAGGGAAAUCUUCCCAUGGCCUUGGAUCCAGGGCCAUCAAAGAAAAAUUGAGCAAGUUGUCCUUAUGGAUGGAACGCCUCUUGGAAGGCUCCUUACAGAGGUUUUAUAUCCCAUCAUGGCCUGAACUAGACUGAGAGGAUUUCAAAAAGAGAUUUGAACUCUUCAAACUUUUUAACAUGCCCCUGUGAACAGGUAUUUUCAGGACUGAAACUAUCACAGCGAACAGAUUAUAGAUUUUAGAUUGCUCUUCGAGAACAAUGGCUAGAAGAAUCUUUCCUUUGUCCUGUUCUAACCUAGGAGUGAAAAACACCACAGGUUUGAAUUCCCUCGAUCAAACUAUAUUUUCCUUUGGUUGUUUUUUUUUUUCCUCAUUUGAAUGCCGCACUAUUUAAAACAGACUGCUCAUUCCCUCUUCCUUUGUCGUCCCUGUCACGUGCUCACCUCACCCUUCCCUGUCCUGUCUCUUAUGUUGGAGAAACACAGGGCUCACCCUUGCAGCAGCACCUGGACAGACCCUCCUGAGCCUGUCCCCCAGCUCCACGCCCUGCCCCACCACCCUGGCCCUGCUGUGCUUCUGCCCUGGCGCAUGCUCUUGACACUGGACAGCCCACAGCAGCUUCUAGCCCUGCAUCUUGAAAGAGGCCUAGUUCCCAGCAAUCUCACAUUUCAUGGUUGUUCUGGGAGUAAGUGGCUAAAAGUAUAUUUUGGGGGUAUCCCCCACAACAGUUUGUUGGCCACGGUUGAAAAGGAAAGGAUGAGUGGGGGUUCUGCAUGUGGGUUUCCAAGAAAAGAGAAAGGAGGCCUUGGCCGUGGCUGGAGCGGGGCAGCUCUGCGAGCCCCCCAUGGGCUGCCUCCCAGCACUGCCUGCGGCCAGGGCAGGGGUCUGCAUAGCCAGAAGUACUGUAAUGACAUUGAGUCGUGGACAUGUGUGUUUUCAGAUGCCUUUCUGCCUCCAUCGAUUUUAGAGUAUGGAUAUUAGGAGCCAUAACUUAUAAUCUUCUUCUCUGAGCGUAGAGAUAAGCUGCUAUAAAGCCAGUAGAUGUUAAACUGAAGAGAAAUUAUUCCCGCCUGCUAUGAGUCAGGCUCAAGGAACCUCUUCACUCCAGUGGUGUCUCUUUAGUAAAAUAUCAGACAUGUCUUUGUAUCAAGGAACUUAAAAUUUCUCAGCAAUUGUAUUUUGAACACUCUUACCCCAAAAGUGCUGUAUCUUCAAGUCGUCUUUUGUGACACGUGAGCCAAGACUUGUUCUGGACUCCUGUUUUGCAAAAGGCUUUCCACUUCUGGCCUAUAUUUCGAUAUCUCAUCUUAAUUGUUUUCACUCUUAACUUACAACUGCUUCACCACUAUCAGGGUGGGCUGACCGUCAGACCCGAGCUUGCUGAGCUGCAGUGUAUAACGGACUCCCGGCUGGAUCAUACCAGCCAGUUGGAAAACAGGGCAAAACCACCAACGGAGUUUGA